CGAGUCGAUGUCAACACUUUGAUGAGGUAGCAGUGGCUAGCCCGGCAGCGAUCUGUCCCGCGAUUUCAGUAUCUAUUAAUCUGGAAAAGGGUAAGAAGACGAGGAGUGUGAAGGCCCGGUUCUCAGUGACCCAUGGUGAGACGCACUGGAGGUGACCCGACCUGACGCGCUAUGGCUUGUGUGGAGGAAGCCCCAGAGAAGCACUGCUGGGUGUGCUUUGCGACGGAGCGGGAGGACCGGGUGGCGGAGUGGGUGAGCCCCUGCCGGUGUAAGGGCUGCACGAAGUGGAUCCACCAGGCCUGCCUGCAGCGCUGGCUGGAUGAGAAACAGAAAGGAAACAGCGCGGGGGCCGUCAGCUGCCCGCAGUGCGGCACCGAGUACCGCAUCGUCUUCCCCAAAAUGGGCCCGCUGGUGUACUUCCUGCAGCAGGUUGACCGCGCUCUCUCCAGGGUCAGUCCUUUUGCGGCGGCCGGAGUGGUGGUGGGCACGGUCUACUGGUCUGCUGUCACCUACGGGGCGGUCACGGUCAUGCAGGUGGUGGGCCAUAAGAAGGGGCUGGAUGUGAUGGAGCGGGCCGACCCACUCUUCCUGCUCAUGGGCUUGCCCACCAUCCCGGUCAUGCUGGUGCUGGGGAAGAUGAUCCGCUGGGAGGACUACGUGGUCCGGCUGUGGCAGAAGCACUCUGCCAAGCUGCAGCUGCUCAGCGGGAUCGUGCCAGGGAUUGGACGGCCCGUUCCCCGCGUGCCCGCUGACGGGUACGGCAGUGACCACCUCUCUGUGUCACGCACUCUGUGUGGGGCCCUGGUGUUCCCCACCAUCGCCAACCUCGCCGGACGCCUCAUGUUCCGCAGGGUGCCUUCCAGCCUGCAGAGGACUAUACUGGGGGGGAUCGCCUUCGUGCUGAUCAAAGGCAUCCUGAAGGUGUACUUCAAACAGCAGCAGUACCUGAUCCAGGCCAACCGGCACAUCCUGAACUACCCCGAGAGAGAGGGCGAAGGGGAGGGCGAGGGGGAGAGCCCCCUGGAGGAGGACAACGAGGACAGCGGCAAUGAGUGAACGCAGCAGCGCCCCCUAUCGAACUCCUCCCACACGCCCGUAUUCCCCGAUCAAACCAGAUGAUUGUAUGAUCUCAAAUCAACCGUUUUAUUUUGCACUUAUGUUUUCAUGACCUGCCCCCACCUUGCACCCCCCCCUCCCAAAAUGUGCUUAGAAUACUUAGAAUACUCAUACUUUUACUGUUCUAUUAUUUAUUAAUAAAAGUGUAUGAUUGAUUA